GCAGAUGGACGGGAAAACCUCUCCGCUCCCUGCAGCACCCGGCAGCGUCCCGCCCAGCCUCCAUGCCCCGCCAGCAAGCAGCAUCUUCACUGCCCGGCCCGUGCAGCCUCGAGAAAGCGUCCUGGGCAUCAGCUUCAAGCCCUACAGCCCGGAGCCCAGCCCAGCCCCGGCCCCCUGCGCGGCCUGUGAGAGCACACAGUCCUCCAUGUUCAGAGCCCCCUGCAUGAGCCAGAGGCGGCUCGCGCUCAUCUUCUGCAUCUCCAUCCUGAUCGUGCUGCUCGUCGCCCUCAUCCUGCUGUUCCUGUUCUGGCGGUCGCAGACCGGCAUCGUGUACAAGGAGCCCGCCGAGAGCUGCAAGGACAGCCCCGUGCGCUGCGACGGCGUCGCCGACUGCUCCCAGCGGAGCGACGAGCUGGGCUGCGUGCGGUUCGCCUCCGACCAGUCCCUGCUCCACGUCUACUCCAGCGCCGAGAGCCAGUGGCUGCCAGUGUGCAGCAGCGCCUGGGACGACUCCUUCUCCAGGAAGACUUGCCAGCAGCUGGGAUUUCAGAAUGCGUCGCAGACCGAGUACAUCCCCCUGCAUGUCUCCGGCAAGAGCCUCACCGUGGCGGAGGAGCGGGAGACCAUCCAGCAGAGCCUCAACAGCUCCCAGUGCCCCACGGGGAAGUACGUCUCCCUGCGAUGCACAAGCUGCGGGCAGCGCAUUUCUGGCCGGAUCAUCGGCGGGAAAGAGACUUCGGCCAGCAAAUGGCCCUGGCAAGUCAGCGUGCAGUACGGGCCGGUGCACAUCUGCGGCGGCACCAUCAUCGACGCGCAGUGGGUGCUCACCGCAGCCCACUGCUUCUUCAUGAACAGCAUGAAGAUCCUCGACGACUGGCGCGUGUACGGCGGCAUCUCGGACCUGAAGCAGCACUCGGAGGGCGUCCCCGUCUCCCAGGUCAUCAUCAACUCCAACUACAGCGACGACCACGACGACUACGACAUCGCUCUCAUGAAGCUCGCCAGGCCGCUGCCGCUCUCCGCCCAGGUGCGCCCCGCCUGCCUGCCCGCCUACGGCCAGCUCUUCCAGACCGGCAGGUCCUGCUUCAUCACCGGCUUUGGGAAGACGAGGGAGAACGAAGAUAACACCUCGCCGAAGCUGCGGGAGGCCGAGGUGAAGCUCAUCGACUACAAGGUGUGCAACAGCGACAAGGUCUACGAGGGCUACCUGACGCCGCGCAUGAUGUGCGCCGGGUACCUGCAGGGCGGGAAGGACGCCUGCCAGGGCGACAGCGGGGGGCCGCUGGUCUGCGAGGACGGCGGCCGCUGGUACGUGGCCGGGGUGACGAGCUGGGGCACGGGCUGCGGCCAGAAGAACAAGCCGGGGGUGUACACGCGUGUGACGAAGCUCCUCGGCUGGAUCUACAGCAAAAUGGAGAGCGAGAACAACUAAGGCCGGGCGGACGCGGCGCCGCGCUGCCGGGCCGGCGCGUCUCCCCUCCCGCCGCCU